AUGGAUGAUGUUCAGAUGGCUAUUUUUGUUGUAUUGAAUACUACUACUUUCUCGUCUUUUAAUGUGAACGAUUUUUAUUAUAUCAUAGAGAUUCUAGAAGUGAUGCUCAAAGAUGUUCCAGUAGAUAAUGAAGUUGUUUCAAUCUACCAAAAAAUUCCUAAACCUAGUCUAAGAUAUUUGUCUUCAUCGAUGCAAGCUGCUUUGGAGUCCACGACAAAGAAGAAUAAUAGGCAAGUAUUUGUAAUUGAUGAGGAUAAUGAGGCUACGAUCAGUGAUAUUCAUAACGAUGAUGCUUUGAUGCUUGAAGAUAUAGGAAGGUCUUCUGAUGAGAAUGCUCAGGUGAAUACUACUGCUCCAUCUACAACUCUGAUUCCAGUUCAGAAUUAUGAUGAUAUCUAUUGUAAUAUCAUUAGAGAACCUAUUAUUAACCUUUCGCAGUCAUAA